CGAUUUAAACCAAUAACAAUCGGAGAAAAUUUAGUGGUGAACUAUAACAGCAGAUAGAAGACGGUAACAGAGCCCAUCAAAUUCAGGAUUCACAAUAGACUGCGGUAAAUUUAAAAACUCGCAAGAAAACGACAAAAAAAAACAAGAAAAUGCGCGGAUUUCCAAUAGAACACAGCUGAGUGUCUACAAACAAUAAUCAAAUUAUGAGUUCUAAUUUUCUAUCCCGUGUGUAGAUAGUGAGUAGCGUGGUUAGUAAGAGAACGGCAUUCUUGAUAGAACACUAGUGGAUUUAUACUUAGUAAUGAUAGGAAGUAUCUUUUUUUUCAUCCUGUAGGCAUCUAACGGGCUGGUGAAACCAGGACGAGAGUUAGAACAUUAUCCUCACCACGACUCUGUACCUUCUGUUAGCCAUGACAAGUGUUCAGUCAUCAAGACGGAAUUUACUGGAAAACGUUGCAUACUGAAGGAGCUGAAUAUAGACAGAGAGGUGGGAGGCAUUGAAACUCUGCAAAGAAAAGCUGUUGACUACCACAGUGUUGAUAACCCUUUCCUGAUGUCCUUGGAUGCUUUCUUUGUCAAGGGAAACAGGGCAUUUGUUCAAAUGCCUCUUUUGACUAGCGCUGAAGAAUGGCUUGCAUCUCAUGAGUGUUCGUCGGAGGAUAUCACGCUGAUUUUGAGAGACAUUCUUGAUGCUUUGAAUUCACUACAUUUAAAAAACAUUUGCCACGGCUGUGUGCAGCUUCAAAGUGUAUUCGUAGAGAAGAGGUCUGGAGAGUACAGAGGAGUACUUGACUUUUUUCCGUUUACCAACUCGCAAUGUAGUCAAGCUCGAGAUAUGAAGUUAUUUGGGGAUUUAAUUGUUAAGAUGAAUUUCCCUAACAAGGAUCCUACGACGACCUUCUCUCAGUUGACGGAGGUGAGUAUGUUUUGAAGAUGUCGAAGAAAUGAAAUACUUUGUUUUUCACUUAAGUAAGUCGUGCAAGUGGGAGGCGCGGUGGACUCAUGGUUAGUGCGCU